UCUUUCUAUUGAGCACUAAUUUUUUCAGUGUUUGGCUGUGAAUUGUGGCGAAGAUUUAUAAAAACGUUCAAACAUGGAUCGCAAAGCGGAGCUAGAGCGUAAAAAGGCCAAACUGCAGGCUCUCCGGGAGGAGAAAGAUCGACGGCGGAAGGAAAAGGAGCAGAAAGACCUGGAGGAAGCAACGGGAAAAAUGGGCACCACCGAAACUAACCCAAGAAAGGAUUUGGAUGAAAUGCUCUCGUCACUUGGUGUUGCCCCCGUAUCGGAAGUUCUUUCAUCAUUGUCAUCGGUGAAUUCCGCCACAUCGGACCAUUCUGCAACACUCACUCCCGAUACCAGUCUGCAACCCAGCACGGACGGACAGAAAAAGAAGGCGGUCAACCUGAGCCUGGUGUCCGUGCAAGCUACCAACAUUCCGCCGAAAGAGACGGUUGUUUACACCAAGCAGACACAAACUAACAGUACCGGCGGUCAUGAGCGUGACGUUUUUUCUUGCCAUUCCUCACCUCUAUCAGGAUAUAUGGAGGAUUGGUGGAGACCGCGCAAAGCUCAUGCCACCGAUUACUACGAUGAAUACAAUCUUAAUCCCGGUUUAGAAUGGGAGGAUGAGAUUACAGGUGACGAUGAGGAAAACUCUUUGACUCACAUCGACCACGGGUUCCAUUCGAAGCUGCCCCCCGGCAUUCUGCCGCACGGCUUACCGACGGUGAAGGAAGUGGCCCCGGCAAUAACACCCCAGGAGCAGAAGAAGGACGAUCUGAAGGAAGUGAAGGAACUGUCCGCCGAGCAGAAGCAAAUGAUUAUUCUGUCGGAAGAUUUUCAACGAUUCAUACUGCGCGCAGGCAAAGUUAUGGAGCGCGCACUGUCCGAGAAGGUCGACAUUUACACCGACUACAUUGGAGGCAGUGAUGAAGAUGAUAUGGGCGAUGAAAAAACCCAAGCUCGCCUGUCGCUCAAUCGUUCUUUCUACUGCGAUCGCUGGUCGAAGAACCGAUGCGUUACGUCGUUCGACUGGUCCACAUACUAUCCGGAGUUGAUGGUUGCGUCGUACCACAGCAACGAGGAGUGCCCGAACGAACCAGACGGCGUGGUGAUUGUGUGGAACACAAAGUUCAAGAAACAAACGCCCGAGGAGGUGUUCCACUGUCAGAGCGCCGUCAUAUCGACCUGCUUCGCGAAGUUUCACCCGAAUCUAAUCCUGGGCGGGACCUACUCCGGGCAGAUCGUACUGUGGGACAAUCGGGUACAGAAGCGAACACCGAUCCAACGUACACCACUCAGCGCUAGCGCUCAUACGCAACCCGUUUAUUGUCUCUCGAUGGUUGGUACGCAGAAUGCCCAUAACGUCAUCUCGAUAAGCUCAGACGGCAAGCUUUGCUCGUGGAGUCUUGACAUGCUCUCUCAGCCACAGGAUGUGCUGGAACUGCAACACCGCCAGUCCAAGGCGAUUUCGGUCACGUGCAUGGCCUUCCCGCAUAACGAGGUAAACAACUUCGUACUGGGCAGCGAAGAUGGGUACGUGUACUCGGCCAGUCGCCAUGGCAAUCGGUCCGGCAUUGGGGAAACCUACGAGAAGCACCUCGGCCCGGUGACCGGCAUUUCGGCGCACCACAACCAGUCGUCACCGGAUUUCGGCCAUCUCUUCCUUACCUCUUCCAUUGAUUGGACGAUCAAACUGUGGAGCCUGAAGGACAAUCGACCGUUGUAUUCGUUCGAGGACAAUUCGCAUUAUGUGAUGGAUGUGGCAUGGUCACCGACCCAUCCAGCUCUGUUCGCCGGUGUCGAUGGAGGCGGACGGCUCGACUUGUGGAAUCUUAACCAAGAUACGGAGGUACCGACGGCGUCAGUGACCGUCGAAGGACAACCGGCACUGAACCGGGUUUCCUGGACACCGUCCGGGUUGCAUGUGACGGUGGGUGACGAAGCGGGUCGCAUUUACGUUUACGAUGUGGCCGAUAAUCUGGCGCAUCCACGCAUGGACGAGUGGAACAAGCUAAGCGCCGUAUUGUAUGAUCUGAAGAUCAACCAAACGGACGAGUUUGAUGAGAUGGAUAAAAAGUCGCCGGUCCCACAAAACACGUCGCUCAACUCGCUCACGUCGCUUACUAGCUCGCCGCUCAUAUGAAACCCAGUGCGGCACCUAUGAAAACAGUCACCAGAACUUAAAGUAGCAUGAUGAAAUGGAGAAGGAAGUAUGCUGAUGAAUGGGAUGUUACGAGAGAAAGAUAAUCUAAAGUCUGUACUGGCAUCCCGUAUCUAUUCACUGUUGACUGUUUAUAAUACUCCUUUGUGCCCCUUCGUAAACUAAAGUUACAAUAUGCGGCGCAGCUUACAACAUACUUAUUCAACGUGUUUCGUCUCAACGGUCAAAUAUGUAUUUUACGAAUAACACAACACUGCAGAGAAAUAAAGUAGUGGGUUCUU